UGAGAGUGUCUUUGGCACUUGUAGGGGCUUCGGCUUCUACUUUAAGCUAAAAAAUUCAACAUUAGUUGGCUGACUGGCAACGGCCCAACAGGGCUUCAGAUUCAGAGUGGUACCCUCAAGUUGAGCUAGCCUUAUUCCUUCUCUCCGGUCUCCCCAUUUCUUCUUCUCAUUUAUCGUUUUGUCCUGCUCUCGGGCUCUCAUCAUUCAUUUUCUUGAUGAUCGAAAAAAAAAAUGCAAAAGGUGCUUUCAACUUUUGAUUUUUUAGUAGUGGCGACGACUUGAGAACUCACCCUAGUCAAACGUUUUAUCAUCCAUCUCCUUUCUGUGAGCAGCUCAGCUAUUUUUUUUCUUUUUAUCUAACUUACGUUAUCGAUGCAAAGAAUAGUAGAUUCUUAGGGGGAAAAAAAAAAAACCAACCAACCCCAAUUUAAUUUGGGGAAGUUUAUGAAAACCCAAUUCAAUAUCCGUCUCCAGCUUGUUCGGCCAAUAAUUGUAGAGUGAGGAGAAAUCACAAACCCAUUCUUUUUGAAGGCCUGAUUUGAAGCAGAAAGAAUCUUGGGUAACAUGAUGGCUCUGAAUUCUGAUUUUGUUGUUAAUUUUUCUGCUAAUUGUUUGUUAUUUAUUUAUUUAUAGACUCAGAAGUACUGUUUUUUUUCCAUAAAUAUUCAUUUGUAGCUCAGUUCGGAAAAAUUCUUGAUAAUCCAAGAUCAAAUAAGUGAGAUACUACUAUGUUACCUGAAACUUGUGGUUCUAGUUUGUUUCUUGCUUUACCUGAUGAUGUAUUUGCCAUGAUAUCUCGGUCCCUUUUGCCAAGGGACAUAUGUAAUCUCAGUGUAUGUUGCAAAAGUCUAUGUGCACUUGUAGCCUCUGAAAAGAUUUGGCUCAGUCAAUGUGAUGAGGUUGGGAUCGUGCCCACAAGGGACCUUGUGGAGUGGAGGGAAGGUGUAUCAUCAUAUAAGGCGCUUUGUCGCUUCCUUGUUAGUGUAAAGCCAUUAAUUGGGAUUUGGGUUCACCAGAAUCCUGAGCUUGGCAAUGUAGUCUAUGUAAUGCCUGGUUUUGUUUCUGUUGUUGGAUGUCGAAUAAUUCCACAAGAGCUUGGUCCCUUAGGAAUUGAUGAUGGCCCCAUUCUAUGGGCACCGGUGUUUGAAAUUAUUGGGGAUUUUGAUGGUUCCACCACAUUUUUUCUGCAUGGUAGGGAGAAAGGAUGUGACUUUUUUUAUCCUGGUUCUGUGAAAUAUGUUGAAAGGAAUUGCAAUGUGCUAUUGCUUGAGGUUGAGCCUAGGGAAACGAGGAAUGGAUGUAAGUUGUUCCCUAGUAAGAGCAUUGUUCACCAUUCCAAUGAGGAGAUUUCGAGAAAGGUUAGUAGAUCAAAUAGUGAUUUAUCAAGGUCACAGAGGGUGUUAGGACAGAGUGGGACCAUGGUUCCUUUUUCCCGGUUGGCUUUUGUUGACAGAAGAAAGUUGCUUGAGACUGUCACCAGCCAAGUUCGUCAAAAAGUUCCUUAUUCUGUAAGUGGGCCACUAUUUCCUCGAUUGAGGGACGAUGUGGAGAAAUUUCAAAAUGAUUUGGUGGUUUUGUCGCAACGAAGAUUACUGCUUCUGCAAAUGUAUAGGUCUGGCUGUGAUCAUGAUUGCACAGAUUUGAAGCCGAGUACUGAGAUGCCUGCUGAUCCUACUCAGUUGGAACUCAAUGACAUCAGAAAGAGCCUUGACCGUUCUAGUUCUUGUUCUAAUUCAUUGAAUGGAGAUGAUGGUCAGAUGCGCGGCAACAAUAGGAAAAGUAUAGGUGGGUACUUCAGAGCUAGCAUUAAACAAAUUCUUCGGAAGUCUAGUUCCGUCAAUGGUGGUCGAGCAAUUUCAAAAUGUAAUUCUUCUAGUAGUGAGAAUAGGCAUGCUCAACUUCAUGAAUUUCUUAAGUCAGGGGAUACUAUAGGGCUGACAUUACAUGCCUCUACAGUGAGGUUAUCAUCGUAUCGAGCUUGGCCAAAUAUGCAUGAUACACGGUUUGCUCUUUACAAGCUGCCCAUGCGGGUACCAAGGGAAGAUCAAGAGUAUGCUGGUUUAUGGGGAGGAACAUUUGGUUGGCCUCCUGGAAGGCCUACUGAAGACAAGCCUGGAAAAGCUCUGUUCUUUCUUUUGCUCUCCUAUGAAGAGACAGAGGGAAAACGGCUUCUCAUUGCAACUAAAAUAUUGGAAGGCACCCACUAUGUUCUGCACCCAAAUGGUUCUGCAAUGUUCAUAGUGAAUGUUGAUGAGCCUUCACUGGAUCCAUUUCCUUGGGAUAAUGAUGCAGAUUCACAUCCUGUGAAUGUGAAGCAUGCGUUUAUGGGAGAGGGUAUUGCAAAUGGAUAUGGUUUUAGAUAUCCUGGCUCAAAGCCUGGCACACUUUUUAUUAUUCAAAAUGGUCUUCUUGCCUUCAUUUGGAAGGAAUCAAGGCCUGUCUUGACACUGCAAAGGCUCAACUUGCAAGAGCUUUUGAAGAAAGGUGAGCGGGUGCCUGCUCUACCUCCAAUUGCCAACUUUUCAUAUUUGACCAAGUCCUACUCAAAUGUGUUUGCUGGAUUCUCAAACACCUCAACUGUUCAUCGUCAGUAAGGCAAAAGCAUAUUUAGGGCACCAAUGGGCAUUGGAAUAAAUUGCAAAUAUUCAAGCUUUGUUGCUAUGCCUUUGCUUUGAUUUCAUCAUAUAGAGCUGGGCGCUAGUUUGCUGCUACUAACAAUUCAAGAGUCUCAGAUUUCAGUUUGUUUCCGAAGUGAUGUAAAUACUAUUUCUCUGAAACAGCAUGAAGGUUAUCUCAUUGUGUUGGGUAAAACGGAUUGUCAGGAUGUUGAUUAUUCUUGUGCUACAGGUAAAGGUGUUGUGGUUAAAAGCAGAUAAUGAAGUGUGGUAGUCUACUAGAGAGAGAUACCAUAUUCCAAACAUAUGGCAUAAGUUUUCCACAUUAAUUUUUGAAACAGUGCUUGGUUUUAUGGUGGUAACCUUUUCUCUUUGGACCUUUGGUUUAUACAAUUAUACCCCCUGAAUUGCAGUUCUUCAUAUCUUGUUUGAACCCUCAUUUGGGAUUGAAGGUACAUCUCCUGUUCCCUCUCCUCUCUCUCUCUCCGGGUACCUCCUUUGAGAAAGGACAACCCGUUGAAGUUUCUUGUUGUGUAGAUUGGAGGAAACGAAAUGAAAUGGUAUGGUGGGUUUUGAUCAAUGGCGUAAAUCAUCCAAGGCAGCUACCUUUUAUAGGAUUAUACCUGGAUAUUGGACCAAUUUUGCCAAGCUGAACUGGCGACAAGAGGGAGAGAAAACAGAUGCUAUAUGUGUGUAUGUAAUAACAGCAUAGAACUCUACAUUCUUUACCUUUGCAAUUCUACUUGUGAAUUUUAUCCAACCGUGAUUACAAGGCUUAUGUUCAUGCAGACGCAGGUUCCAUAAGGAAGCUACCGUCAAACACUUGCAUAAGCAAAACCAUUUGGUUUCGUCAGCUUAUUUUUCAUGGUUAAACGCAAAACCUUUUGAUGCUUGUAGAU